CUCGCAGCAAGAUGCACAAUGGGGGAAGAGCGUGUGCGCCUUGGGGCUGGGCUUGACUGCAGGGUGCUUGGCUGCGCGGUCAGGCGCACUUCCCAAGCAAAGAAACGACCGUAGAAAAGACCGGUAAUGGACAGAGUGAUCUUCAUCGCUGGAGUGCAAACGGCGGAGGCGCUGGACAUGGAACCACGUUUGUGGGGGUGCGUUGACCCGACUCGUGGCCUCUUGAGGCGAAGAAUGGCCCGCCGAGUGCCAGCCGAUUUCCAGCAGGGCGACCAAACCCUGCCAGUAAUCUGGCGUUAAUAUGUUAUGCAGAUCGGCAUGCCUCCAAUGUGGGGGUAGGGCCUGCCGAGCAGCUGCGGCCCUGCGAGCUUUAGGAUGUCUCGGAGCCGUCCACGUCAACACGGCCGGGAGCAGAUCCGCACACCUCCUUUACCCUCAUAAAGCCCCUGAUUAAAUUUGUUGAUGGGUAUAAAGGGUUGCAGGUUGCGGAGCCCGCCUGCUCCAGUGCCAGUAACGCGCCCGCUCCAGUCGUACUUUAUUGCGGACGGGCGCGAGGCGGAAAACUGGCUGGGAAUCACUUCGCCGCCAUAAAAAUAUCGCUUUGGCGCAUACACAAUCUUGCGUCGAUAGCGCUGUAACUAGUAGAGGGCAGUUCGUGGAGUGCAGAGUGAGUUUGCGCGCAAGGGCACGCGACGAGUCGCCAGGAGAGCUUAAUGUGCAUCAGAUGAUGUUAAAAGCUUGAUCAUCCUUUGACGUCUUUGAGCAUGUCCAUUUCAGCUGGUCACCGAAGGCCGUGGACUAUCAUCGCAUUUAACAUGCGGCACACCGCCGUCGCUGUGGCCCUGCUGGCCUUCGUGGCCGCGGCCACCGCCCUUGACUUCCCCUACGCCGGCUGCGCGCGCGCGCUGAGCAAGUCCAAGUACUCGGUGAAGCCCGUGACCACCUUCCCCGGCACCAACACCAUCUGCUGGACUGUCCAGUACAGCGACCCUCAGUGCGCCAACCCCUCUGAGCCGUGCUGCAGCGCCGACCUGCACAAGCUGCAGCUGGAUGUCAAGCAGUCAUGCGCGUCUGGAUUCCGUGCCACCGCCACCGUCAACGGCCAAGGCACCCCCUCCCCCACCAUCUACCGCCCCCCCAACGGUGGCUCUGACCAGUAUGUGCUGUCGAUUCCCGGCCUGGGCCUGGACGGUGCCUCCGCCAACGGCGCCACCAUCUGCCUGACCCUCACGGGCGGCUCUUGCAUGACCCUGGCUUCCCUGACCCCCAGCCCCGUCUGGUCGGUGGCUCUGUGGGACACCGCUCACCAGUGCUGCCCGGUCACCCGUGGCGCCUCUCCUCCCCCUCCCCCUCCCCCGUCUCCUCCCCCGCCUCCUCCUCCCUCUCCCCCUCCUCCCUCUCCCCCUCCGCCCUCGCCUCCUCCUCCCCCUCCCCCGUCUCCUCCCCCUCCCCCUCCUCCCUCUCCUCCUCCCCCCUCUCCUCCCCCUCCCUCUCCCCCUCCCCCAUCGCCUCCUCCCCCGUCUCCCCCCCCUCCCCCUCCCCCCUCGCCUCCUCCCCCCUCGCCUCCUCCUCCCUCUCCCCCUCCCCCCUGCAAGGUGUGCGCUACCUGGGAGGCCAUUGCUGGUCCCAACGUCCUGGUUGAUGACCUCAACUACUUCGGUGAUGCCUACAACUGCGCCGUCGGCAAGGACGUCAUUAGCGAGCUGUUCGCUCCCUACAUGGAAGAUGGCACCAUCAUCGCCGGCACCGACUCCAUCACCUGCAACGGCAACAAGAUCACGGCCUGCGCCACUAUGUAUUCAAAGGAGCGGGGCGCUAAGAUGGCAAACGAGCUGGAGUCUAUGGGCAAUGGCCUCGUUACUUCCGUGUUCGGCUUCACUGGCGACUGCCCUCUGGCCCUGGCUGGCUACUCGACCGGCGUCACCUCGACCGAUCAGGACUGUGGCAUCUUCAAGGCUGGGCCCGCCUGCGCCCCGCCCACCACGCCCUUCCCCUUCUGCGUGUGCAAUAAGCAGCAGGGCUCGACCCCCUUCUACCUGGAUAAUGCCGUCGAGGUGGAUGACGUCAACAACGAGUAUUGCCUAAGCGUGUACACCGCCGCGGCUGGCCCCGGCAAGUGCGCCUCCGCCACCAUCAUGAAAAAGGCCGAGUUCUACUUCGACUACAAUAUGCGUUGGAAGCUGACUGGCAUCACCAUUCGCUACAACAACGGCAGGACCGCCACCCGCUCUCAGUCGUGGGGCCCCGUGGGUGACAACACGCUGAAAGUCUCUGACCUGAACUGGAAGACCGGCGACGUUGCGUCGCUCAAGCCCAAGAUUUGCUUCAAGUUCAAGUCGGGCACCACGCUUGCGGAUUUCUCAAUGGACCCCGAUGGCUACGUGUGGGGCUCUCUGUUCAACCCUGACCAGAGCUGCUGCCCCACCUUCCCGGCAGAGUAACGGCAGCCGGGCCCCAUGGACGGUCUUCCUACCCGUUGACUAAGCGUUGUGCUUGCUUGUCUUGACGUGCAAUGCCGAACCGCGCGUCUUGCGCUUUACGAGCGGGAUGGCUGGCCGCCUCAAUUUUGUCUUCGUCUUGACGGCUCCGUGCUUUAUUGUCUACAUGACCUGUUGCAUGAGCGUAUGCUCAAUACAAGCGCUUACAUGACUGUGUUGGUGGUGGACGAGAAGAAGGGGCUUGAAUGGCAUACGUGCCAGCGGCUUCGGAGUUGAGAGAGAGCAGGUUUAGCCAAGAUGAUACAGCAGGCUUGGCUAGCCAAUAUGAUUGUUCCUCUCGAUCAUGACAUAACUCUGGGAUAAUGACCCGAAGGCGUGCAUGGCACGGGAAUAUGUCGCAUGUGUGGAAGCGCACACGGGAAAAUACGUGCAACGUGCGUUGCAGGUGUGUACAUGUCUGGGGGUAGGGCGUGUGUAUGUGGGACACCGCACGCCACAAAACCGGCGGUUUGGCGCAAGCCGAGCAACCCACCUAAUGCGACGGUUUCAAAGGCGCACGCACCGUUGUCUCAGAAGAUGUGGCGAAGCGGCGGCGUGGGACUUGGCGUAAGCUUUUGUUGGUCCAUGUGAUGCGUGCCUUGCAUUGCAACUCUUCCCAAGAGAGGACGCAGCGCAGCGGCGGAACAGCGUGUAAGGGCAAGGGCAAGGGAAGCCAGCAGCUGAACCUCUAGGAGCCAAUGGUUGUGCAUUUGUGCCCCCCCCGGCGCCAAUGAUACUUGAGGAUAUAUGUAGCCCUCGCGCCAACGAUUCCCCGGCCCCGUCAGCAGCACCGCGUUACCACAUGGCCCAGAGCUGCUGCGGAAGGCUGACCGUGAACUAAGCGCCCAAUCGAGGCCGGGGCGAUCGAGCUGAGGCGUGGCUGGCAGCGAGCGGAAAUGCCCGGCGACCCUGGUCAGGCGCCCGGCCAGGCGAUCCACAGGACACGCCACAGACAACAGACUAUGCCGUGCGGGAGUACUUGAAGAUUUGGGACUGCGCGCUGCGUGCAUCUGCAGGGCACCACAUUGGCGUCCAUAGUGAGCCGCUGCAAGGGAUGUUCAUAGUAGUAGGCAUAUGCACAAAGCAGGGGGGGGGAUGGAGUAGGGUGCAGGCAGGUGAGGCAGCGGUGAUGAUCAGAGCAAUGGGGCGUGAGGGCGCGCAUACAUGCCCAUCAGCCCGUGCAUAGGUAGGAGGCUGUGCGGGGACGCAAUGAGUCUGUGCAGUGGCACAAGCACGCCGGAGGAGAGGAGGAGCAGCUGAAGCUAGCGCUGCGAGCUGCGAGCUGCACACCGCACGGCCUGGCGCCUGGUGGGUAGUACGACAGGGGUGUGAUGGAGGAGCGCCGGGCUCACAAGGAUUUGCAUUCACACUAGCUAACAUUUCUCUGAAGGAGCUUCCCAGAUGUUGGUGAUGGCUGGUUGAAUGUUAGCUGGGACGCAAUGGCCAUGCGUGAGGCGAGGGCGGGGCUGGGCCCAUGUCGGAGGACAGGGGUGUCUGCUGACGAGAUGGCGUAAUAACACCAGGUCGGCGUGUCCAUGGAGUGCACAAAACUACGGAGAUGCAGAUGGAAUGGGCAGGGAAAUUUGCUGUACGGGUAUACAGACGCAGCAGUACCAACCGCGCGCAGCCACAGUACGGCCGGCGGGGGUGGCGCUGCGGGUUUCUGCGCGCGCAGCUGCGUUGCCGCGCUCCAACCUGGGCUAGUGGGCUUCCCAUACCGUAGCUCUGCUGUUCAACCCGGCCGACCAUGGCCGUUCUCA